UGUUGAACGUGAAGACAUAACCUAAUCCUCACUACUAAACUUUCACCAUGGCAAGAAACGAAUCGAAAUCCAGUGAAAUUGCUGAUGAAUCGUGUAUUUUCUGCCUUAUUGCGCACAACAGAGAUGAAGAAACGACAGUUCUUAAGAAGGACAAGGAGCUGGUGUGCUUCAAAGAUAUUUAUCCCGCAGCUCCUCAUCAUUACCUGGUCAUUCCAACAGAACACAUUAUCAGCUGCAAAUCACUGAAAAGAGGAAACAUUGGCCUCGUGGAAAGGAUGGCUAACUUUGGGAAACAGGUGCUCCGUGACCAGGGGAUCACUGAUAUGGAGGAUGUAAGGUUAGGGUUCCACCAGCCUCCCUUCACCUCAGUAGACCAUCUUCAUCUUCAUGUGCUCGCCCCGGCCAGCAAAAUCUCUACUAGCAUGGACUACAAGUUUACACCAGGAACAGAUCGUUUUAUUACAGAAGAGUAUUUAAGGAAACGCUUGGAGAAAGUGAGGCCAAACGUUUGUGAAAUGAUUGGACAGUUUUUUGAGCUGAAGUGAGGUUUCAGGUCCGAGACUAACCUUUAAGGGAUUCCAACAGAGCAGCACAUUAUCCUUCAUCAACAGGAACUUUGCAAAACAAAAAAAAAAAACUAGGACCCUGCACUCAGGGCCAAAUAGCAGCAGGAAAGUAAAGUUUAAAAAACAUUAGCUGCUAAAAACUGGUGAAGGUUCUCAGUCAUCCAGGUCAAAGUCAUUCAGUGCAGUGAGGAAUGCUCGGAUCUUUAUAUUGGAGAAAACAAACGUCUCCAAAAACGCUUGGCCCAACACAGAAGAGCUACCUCCUACGGUCAUGACUCUGCGGUACAUCUGCACCUUAUGGACAAAGGACACUCUUUUUGAGGACCAGAAUGUUCACAUUUUGGACAAAGAAGACAGGUGGUUUGAGAGGGGGGUGAAGGAACCCAUCUAUGUUAAAAAAUACAACCUUAAACAGAGGGGGUGGACUCAGGUUCCAGCUUUCAAAAACUUACAAUGCAGCUAUUGAGUUAAUCCCUUCCCGUUAUCAUCGCAGCUCCUGUACAGGGAGCGGAGGACCUUGUCUAUUCAG